GCCAGCCGGAAAGACCUGAAAGAUGAGCCUUUGGAAAAUCCGGAAUGGGAACUGUUUACAGAUGGAUCCAGCUUUGUGGAAAACGGAACCAGAAACCAUGGUAUACACAUGAAGAUGAGAAGCUUGCUCAAUUUGUUCAGGCCCAGAAGAACGAAAAAGGAUGUCCUUACAGCGCUGCGAGGAGCAUUGCAGUGGAACCGGCCCCUGCCCUUGGAGAAUCCUGUCCAUGACAUACAGCCAGGAGAUCAAGUAUAUGUGAAGAACUGGAAUACGGAACCCUUGAAAGAAGUAUGGGACGGUCCUCACCAGGUGAUCAUGACUACCUACACGGCAGUGAAAGUCCAAGGGAUCGAAAACUGGAUUCACUACACUCGAAUCAAGAAGGUCCCGUCAAGAUGGGAAGUACAGCCUCUGUCGGCAACAAAGCUGGUGUUCAGGGCAAGGACUUAGUUCUUUUAACAUUAGUCUGUAUAAUGCAGGUGGGAGAAGCAUUUGUUAAAAUUACAGUUCCGGAGCCAGAUGUAAUGGUGCCUGAAGGUGCGGGAGUAAAUUUAACCUGUUUGUUUUCUGACAACCAGAGAGCUGGAUUAAAAGAAGUACAUGCAGCCUGGAGACAAAUCACCACAGACGAGGUAUUUACAGAAGGAAUCGUGACACUUUGGGAUAUGGAACAGCAAAGAGGUAACACCACAUUGACAAUAUCUCAUAUGCAAGCUGAUCAGGUAGGACAAUUCUCAUGCAUUGUGCGGAUUAGAGAAAGUUUUGAUUAUGGGGACAUAAAUGUAGGUAUUCUAAAAGAGAAUGGGAGAACAUGGCAGGUGACAGAAGCUGGAAAAACACAACAAGAAUUGGGACAAGAAAAUUUAAUAGUGGGAUUGGUUAGAGAUUUUGGACAAGUACAGAAUACUACGUCCAUCACUGCAUGUUUACCUUUACCUAAAGCGGCAGGAGAUCCAAUACCAUGGGGCAUCAUUCCCGUUGGGGAAAUGCCUCCAGUAACUAUAAAUGGGACAAAAAGAUGUAAUAAAGAAAUACGGAAUCAUACUAAGAUGAUAGAGGAAACCUAUACAGUUCGAGGGAAAUGGUCAACACCGGGACAAAAGAGUGAGUGCCUAAAAUUACUAAAUCCAGUUUUUACAAGAAUUGGACGGUUCAAGAAUGUAGGAUGGUGUACUUAUGACAUAAGACAAAAAAGACAAAAACCAGUCACAGAAUUUUCUUAUGAGAUAGUAUGUCAAGAAGGGAAGGAAGAAUGGGAACAUUGGAAAACGAUUUGGGGUCCUAGUUUGUUAGAACCUUACAGUUACAUAGGACCAGUACAUUGGUGUGUCGAAUGGUCAGGCCAGAGAGAGCAAGAACAUCUAGGAGUGUUAGGAACUGAAACAGUAAGACGGGAUCGAGUGACCCUCACACCUAGCUGGAAUUGUAGCAAAAUAAUCACCUGUGAUACCCCUGAAUCCCAAAUUGGUUUAGUGCCAGUACGGAUACUAUUAAAAUGGGGCUGUGAAUGUCAAAGGUAUAAUCAUACAAUAACAGGUGAAAUAAAAGGGGCAUGGAAAGAUUGUCAGGCGACUACCAUCAGGAGUCCAGGGCAUUCAGUGUGGGUAAUGGGGCACGGACAGUGGACUACUCAUAUGCCUAUUAACGGCCCGGUCACACAGAUUACUUUAGGAGUCCCUACACUUUGUCCUUUUUGGAAACAGUCUAAAUUAACGCAGAGAUGCAGUCACGAACAAAGAGAGAAACAAAUGAAGUGGCAGAAGAACUAG